UGAUAGAUAUGUUCAUUAUUUUGAUUGUAAGAAUGGUUACAUAGGUAUACACAUGGGUAAAACCUCAUCAAAUCGUAUGCUUUAAAUGUGUGCUUUAUGUCAAAUAGACCUCCUUAAUUGUUUAAAAAGUGAGUGUAUCAUGAUUCACCUUAUACAUACAACUCAUAAUCUUCCCGUAUUGUCUUGCAUUAACCUUUUGCUUCACAUAAGUCAACCCAUAACCAAAGCACAACCUAAAAAUGCGUAAAUAUUGUCCAUUUCGGGUUCCCUAUCUUCCAGUAGCACCACAGCACGAGGGCAUCGCUAGCUGCCUCGGUGUGGCUGUUUCAGUAUCCAAGGACGCCGGGCACCAGGAGACAGGCUUCUGACUGCACUCACGCGAGGGUGACCCCCGCCUAAGCACUCGCUGCUCAGCGUGCCGGUCUCCCCUGGCCUGUGAAAGGUGGUUAAUGGAACGCGAGCCGUUUGCGCAUGUGCGCAUGUCACAGGACAAGCGAUGCCGCACUACAGCCAGAGCGACCCCACGUCUCCACGUCCGCCAGGGAAACCCUACUGUAGGGAGAGGGACGAAGGGAGACAAAAGCCGGAGCCGGAAAGUUCUGGGAAUCGGUUUAGAAAACAUUUCUGGUUCCGGCCCGAAGUCCCACUUCCGUCCGGGUCACGUGCGCGGCCGUGUUCCCUGCUUUCCCGUCCGGCGGGGCUCCAGUCCCUGUACUUUCCGUCCUGUCCGCAGGCCGUCCGCUCCGGCUCCGGAAGCCCCUUCCGCCCGUGCUCUGAGCCGCUGCGGGGCCGUGCCCUCCGCCCACUGACCAUGCCCGCGGGCGUGCCCUGGACCACCUACCUGAAGAUGUUCACCGCCAGCCUCCUGGCCAUGUUCGCGGGGUCCCAAGUGGUGCACAGACAAUACCUGAAAUCCCACCAAAGCCUGGAGAACUCAAAACGGAGCUUUUGGGACUGAAAGAGAGGCAACACAACCC